UAGACUAAUAUGGCGGCAGCUACUAAAGCUUCAAUAUUCAUUCCUUCACACUAGUGACAGUGGUAGUGUUGGUUUCGGACUCAACCCGAAUGAUUGACCUGCAAAUUAAAGUAUAACCGCUAAAGGAAAAGAGACUGUGUGUCACACAGGGUGCAGUGAGUAGUUCGUCUGGAUCAUGUUGUUUAAGUCACGUUUAUAGAGAGCUUAUUAAACGUCGCUGCAGUGCAUUGUAAUGCGCGUGCUCAGCACCGUGCUGUCCCCGCGGACUCGUGUCUCUCUCUUCACCCGGACCCGAGCCGCUUCAUCUGGGACCAUGCAGAUAACAGAGCCGCUAAACUUCUGGGGCGGAAAUCGAGUCAGAAUCGAGGGUGAGACCGGAUCAGAGCCGGUCUACGAGCCUGCGACAGGAUGUGUGUUGUGUCAGCUGCAGCCUUGCCGGACGGAGCAGGUAGACCAGGCCGUGAGCAGCGCCCACUCCGCUUUCACACGCUGGAGUAAGAUGGCCGGAAUGGAGCGAGCCGGGAUCAUGCUGGAGGCAGCGCGACUCAUCCAGAAAAGAAGAGAAGAGAUCGCUGAGGUGGAGGUGACCAACAACGGCAAGUCCAUCACCGAAGCACGGCUGGACGUUGACUCAGCCCGGCUGUGUAUCGAAUAUUUCGCCGGUCUCGCCACGACUAUGUCGGGGCAGCAUGUGCAGCUCGCAGGAGGAGCUUUUGCUUACACGCGCCGGGAGGCGUUGGGAGUGUGUGUGGGAAUCGGAGCCUGGAAUUACCCGUUCCAGAUCGCGGCAUGGAAGUCUGCUCCGGCUCUCGCAUGUGGGAACUCGAUGGUGUUCAAGCCGUCUCCGGUGACCCCGGUGAGUGCGGUGCUGCUGGCAGAGAUCUACAAACAGGCUGGAGUUCCUGAGGGUUUGUUUAAUGUGGUGCAGGGAGCUCAGGAAACAGGCACUCUGCUGUGCCGACACCCCACCGUGGCCAAGGUCUCCUUCACCGGGAGCGUGCAAACCGGCAAGAAGAUAAUGGAAAUGGCGUCCAAAGGCGUGAAGCCGGUGACUCUGGAGCUCGGUGGCAAAUCUCCACUGAUCAUCUUCGAGGAUUGUAACCUGGAGAACGCGAUCAGGGGAGCGCUAAUGGCCAAUUUCCUUUCUCAGGGCCAGGUGUGCAGUAACGGGACGCGAGUGUUCGUGCACAGGUCUAUCCUCGCCCGGUUUCUGGAGGAGGUGGUGAGGAGAACCAAAGCCAUCCGGAUCGGAGAUCCCUUGCUGGAGGACACGCGUAUGGGGGCGCUGGUCAGCCGGGAGCACCUACACAAAGUGCUGGGAUACGUGGAACAAGCCAAGAGGGAGGGAGCUCGAGUGCUGUGUGGAGGAGAGCCGUUCACACCAGCUGACCCUAAACUGAAAGACGGAUAUUACAUGACUCCCUGUGUGCUUGACAACUGCACAGACGACAUGACGUGUGUCAGAGAGGAAAUCUUCGGGCCCGUGAUGUCGGUGUUGACCUUCGACUCAGAGGACGAAGUUCUUCACAGGGCUAACGACACCACCAUGGGUCUGGCUGCUGGAGUUUUCACUAAAGACAUUCAGAGAGCACACAGAGUGAUCGAGAACCUGCAGGCCGGCUCCUGCUUCAUCAACAACUACAACCUCACGCCUGUGGAGGUGCCGUUCGGAGGCUAUAAAACCUCAGGUAUAGGAAGAGAAAACGGCCAGGUGACCAUCGAGUACUACUCUCAGCUCAAGACUGUGGUGGUUGAAAUGGGAGACGUGGACAGUCUCUUUUGAACAAACGGAGAACAUACAUGAGAUACCUUCUGCGACUCGGUCUAACACGCGACAGUCUGCUUCGUAAAGAUAAGUCGCUUGGUAAUGAACUGUCGUAUAAGGAACGGUCUUAAAAUCAGGUGAUAGCUACUUCUAUGAUCUCUAGGCUUUGUUUCACUCACAGCAGAUGUUUGCCGUGUGUAAUGGAGACAUAAAUGCACUCAAUUUAGACACUGGAAAGGUAACGUUACGUCCUGGUGUUAUUAUGGAUCUGCUCACAGGAUCGUCCAGCACGAAGACUUAUACUGUUCAGAUAUCUGUAAAUGGACAUUAAAAAUGUUUUAAUGAUAAAUAAUUUAUUAAUUAUUUUAUUUUGAAUAUGUGCUGCUACAGAUUCUACAAAGUGCCUUACUACAAUAAGGGAAAAAAUCCUGGCGUAAUUUAUUAUACAGCCCAGUAUUCAUGUAUUUAAUUAUUUGCUUAUUAAUUAUUAAUACCUUAUGGUAUUGUGACUCUACUAGUAUAGUGUAACUGUACCAGUGUAUUGUCUUAGUACACUGAUCAGGCAUAACACUGUGAGCAGUGCCAGGUGAAGUGAAUAACGCUGAUCUCCUCAUCAUGGCACCUGUUAGUGGGUGGGAUAUAUCAGGCAGCAAAGGCUGGCCCGUGUGAUCCGAUCCAACAGACGAGCUACUGUUGCUCAAAUUGCUGAAGACGUUAAUGCUGGUUCUGAUAGAAAGGUGUCGGAAUACACAGUGCAGGACGGGUCAGAGCUGUUUUGGCAGCACCAACACAAUAUUAGGCAGGUGGUCAUAAUGUUAUGCCUGAUCGGUGUAUUUUCCCUAUGUAUGAUGACAUUUGAACAAAUAAACAACGCCGUUUCCUUCGGCAGGUUCAGUCAUUCUUAUUAUAAUGAUUUAAAUUAUGGCGAAACAG